UGCUGUGAUCUGAACACAGGAGGAGGACAUUCAGUUCAAUUCAGGAUGAGACGAUCCAGAUUGUUUUUAUGAACCUCCUGUGGAUUUACAGAAGCAUGGAGAUGAUCCGAGUUCUGCUGGUUCUGCUGGUUCUGGGGUCAGGAGAGGGCAGGAGAGUUCGGGGUCAGCGGACUCAGACACCCGAGAGCUUUCCUCUGGACUUCACCGCUGUGGAGGGAAACAUGGAGAGCUUCAUGACUCAGGUGAAGAACUUGGCUCAAUCCCUGUAUCCCUGCUCGACUCAGAAACUGGACCAGGAGAUGAAGCUUCAGUUCCUGAGGAACUCAUCGGUCACCUGUAAUGACGGUUCACCUGCUGGCUACUACAUAAAGGAGUCACGAGGCAGCCGGCGAUGGCUGAUGUUCCUGGAGGGCGGCUGGUACUGCUUCAGUAAACACACCUGCGACAGCAGAUACGAGACCAUGAGGCGACUCAUGAGCUCCAGCAAAUGGCCUUCCACCAGGACAGGAACAGGGAUCCUGUCGUCUCAGCCCGAGGAGAAUCCACACUGGUGGAACGCAAACACAGUGUUUGUGCCGUACUGCUCCAGUGAUGUUUGGAGCGGCUCCACAGCAAAGACAGACCAGAGUAAAACACACACACACAAACACACACACACAGUGUCCAUCAUUCAUAUUCAUCGUGUGUACGUGUAUGUAACGUGUGUGUGUGUGUGUGUGUCUCUGUGUUCAGAUGAAUAUGCAUUCAUGGGUUCUCAGAUCAUUGAGGAGGUCAUUAAGGAGCUGGUGACCAAAGGUCUGGACGGUGCUAAAGUGCUGCUGCUAGCCGGGAGCAGUGCCGGUGGUACCGGGGUGCUGCUGAAUGUGGACCGUGUGUCGGAGCUGCUGGAGGAUCUGGGUCUCGGUUCGGUCCAGGUUCGGGGUCUGGCAGACUCGGGAUGGUUUCUGGAUCAUAAACAGUACCGCUUCACAGACUGCAUCGACACGAUCAGCUGUGCUCCGACAGAGGCCAUCAAGAGAGGAGUGCGAUAUUGGAACAGCGUGGUUCCUGAGCGCUGCAGUCACGUGUAUAACGGCGAGGACUGGAACUGCUUUUUUGGCUAUAAGGUUCAGCCCACACUCAAGAGGCCGGUGUUUGUGGUUCAGUGGUUGUUCGAUGAGGCUCAGCUGAUGGUUGAUAAUGUCCAUCUGACGGGUCAGCCAGUGCAGGAGGGUCAGUGGAGAUACAUCCAGAACCUGGGCAGUGAACUCAGGAACACUCUCAAGAACAUCCCAGCCAUGUUUGCUCCCGCCUGUUUGUCUCAUGAGAUCAUCACAAGAAGUUAUUGGAUGGACAUCCAUGUUAAAGGUACCUCACUUCCUCGAGCGCUGCAGUGCUGGGACCGCAGCCUCCGUCACCACGGCAACAGCAGCAGCAGCAUUCAGGCUCCGCCCCGGGGCUGCCCCCUUCACUUGAUUGACAGCUGCCCGUGGCCCCACUGCAACCCCUCCUGCCCCACCAUCAGAGAGCAGAUGACAGGGCAAGAGAUGAGCGUCAUCCAGUUCCUCACACACCUGGGCUUCGAUGUGCAGCGUGUGGCACAGCAGCAGGGCAUGGAGCCCCACAAACUACUGGGCAUGCUCAGUAACGGCACCUGACUGGAGCAGCUGAUGUGUGUCGAAUGACUGAUGAUCAGUGAGGGGGCCAAAAAUCAGGAUUCAGUGAAGCUAAAAUAAUCCCAAAUCUAGACAGAACAUUUCCAAUGAGGGACAAUAUUACUUCUAUAAGGGCAAGGUUUAUGACCUUUGUUUAAAAUUAGGCAUUUAGUAGAUGUUUUAUUCUUACUAUUUUUAGAUUAUGGCAGAAAUAGUAAGAGUUGCAUGAUAGUAGUACCUUGUUCUGAAAACAGCAACUUUAGCCAUUGAAUCACUGACAGCAGUUUUGUUAGGAAAUACUGUUUUUUUUGGGAGCAACUUUAAUAGUUUGUAAUAGAGCAACUGACUUGCUUUAUGAAUGAGUCAUUGAAUCAUUGACUCAACCGAUUCAUUGAAAACAGAUGAUUCAUUCGGCAACAAAGUAACUGUCUUUACAAAUGAGUCAUUGAAUAAUUGACUCAACCGAUUCAUUUAAAACAGAUGAUUCAUUCGGCAACAAGGUAACUGUCUUUAAAAUGAGUCAUUGAAUCAUUGACUCAACCGAUUCAUUUAAAACA